GCUUCUUGCCUCCCAUAACUCCUCCAGAGAAAUUCUUCCUUUCUCAGCUGAUGUUGGCCCCUCCAAGAGAACUCUUCAAGAAGACUCCUCGGCAGAUUGCUUCGAUGGACGUGGGGAACAUGGCCCAGUCAGUGGAUAUAAGUGGGCUUCAGCUGGCAUUAGCAGAGCGUCAGUCUGAGUUGCCAACACAAAGCAAGGCCAGCUUCCCCAGCAUUCUCAGCGAUCCUGACCCAGAUUCUUCCAACUCCGGUUUUGACAGCUCCGUUGCCUCCCAGAUCACGGAAGCAUUAGUGAGUGGACCAAAACCUCCUAUAGAAAGUCACUUUCGACCCGAGUUCAUUCGACCGCCGCCUCCGCUCCACAUAUGUGAGGAUGAGUUGGCGUGGUUAAACCCAAUAGAGCCAGAUCACACAAUCCAGUGGGAUAAGUCAAUGUGCGUUAAGAACAGCACCGGAGUCGAGAUAAAAAGGAUCAUGGCAAAAGCUUUCAAAAGCCCCUUGACUUCCCCACAGCAAACACAGCUCCUUGGAGAACUGGAAAAGGACCCCAAGCUUGUUUACCAUAUUGGUCUCACUCCUGCCAAACUGCCAGACCUGGUUGAAAACAAUCCUUUAGUAGCUAUAGAAAUGUUACUGAAACUGAUGCAGUCUAGUCAGAUAACAGAGUAUUUUUCUGUUUUGGUCAACAUGGACAUGUCCUUACAUUCCAUGGAAGUUGUAAACAGGCUUACUACUGCAGUUGAUCUCCCGCCUGAGUUUAUUCAUCUUUAUAUCUCCAACUGCAUCUCCACCUGUGAACAGAUUAAAGACAAAUAUAUGCAGAACCGCCUGGUACGUCUUGUUUGUGUGUUUCUUCAGUCUCUGAUCAGAAACAAAAUCAUUAACGUACAGGACUUGUUUAUAGAAGUGCAGGCGUUUUGUAUUGAGUUCAGUCGGAUACGAGAAGCAGCCGGCCUCUUCAGGUUGCUGAAGACACUGGACACGGGGGAAAAUCCAUCAGAGACAAAAACAUCAAAAUAAACCCACUGCGUCACUGGCAAAAACCCCACCCUGCCAGCAUUCUGUGCCUGUUCAUUGUAUAUUGUAAACGUAAAUCACUGGAUUAAUGAUGUAGUGGGCUAUAAAUAGCAUUUUAUGUGUUUAAACAAUAAAUAAUGCUUUUUCU